UUGCAACAACAAACUUUACAACCUCAGCAGCAGUUGCAACAACAAACUUUACAACCUCAGCAGCAAACCUUGCAACCCCAACAACAUCAACAGCAAACUUUGCAACCUCAACAAAUUCAACAAGAGUUGCAACAGCAAACUUUACAGCCUCAACAGCAAGUUUUGCAACCCCAACAACUUCAACAGCAGUUGCAACAGCAACCUUUGCAACCUCAGCAACUUCUUCAGCAGCAAAACUAUGCAUCAGAUGACAUCACAGCACUUACAAAUGCUUCUCAACAAACUCAAUUUUCUACACAAAACACACAACCAGAUAACCCAAAACAUAAUUUAAACUCAAAGCAACAAUCUCAAGGUUCUAUUAAUAGUUUGCAAGAUUCCUCUAAUCAAUUAAAUAAUUCAUUCUCUCAACAACAAGUUCAGUAUUUGUCUAAUCAAACAUCACAAGAUUAUACAAAUUCUGCAGAUAUAUACACAUUAUUACGAAAUCCAUCUCAAAAUUUACAAGAUGCCGCCACAAUAAAUCAAGCUCAAUUAACACAGCUAUCAAUUCAAUAUCAAGAUCCUAAAACAUUUAAUAAUACCUCAACUACCCCAUCAUCUGUUCAACAUCAAAACUUUAUUCCAUAUGAUUCUCAGCCACACCACUUAUUAGAAUCUUUACCCAAAAAACCAUCAAAAUCGGAUGUUAUAAUAAUAAUCUGGGGUCCUUUGCUAAUACAAUUUUUGCCUGGACUCGAUGAGGAAAUUUCAUUUUUAAAAAAACAAAUUCCUUCACGUGUCCGUGAUAUUACAAAAAUAACGAAAUCGAUAUCACAAAACUUUGUCCAAUCAACAACUAAAUGUAAUGAGAUAGAAUUAUUAAAAAUAAGUUUUUUAAAUGUGUCGCAACUGAAUAUUGUAUACAACAGUCUUGUAAAAAAAAGAAAUAUUCAAAUUUUUGAAUAUGAUAUUCCGUAUAUUCAACGUGUCGCAAUUGAUAAAGGUUUUAGAGCUGGCCAAUGGUAUGAAGUUACGUUAAAUCAUAGUAAUGAUAAUCAUA